AUGUUGCGGAGGUUUUUGGUAGAAUUAUUUUUCUUCUUCCUGAUUUCCUCAAAUGUUGCCUCUUGUAUUCAAGAACACGUAGAUUUGGUUUUUUCAAACGCGGACGACCUCGCUUUGUCGACCAUUCAGAAUAAUGAUGCACUCGCUUCAAGUGAACUUCAAACGGAAGGUAUACUGCUAUUCACAACAGUUGAUGGGAAACUACACGCAUUGAACACACAAACUGGCUCUGUUCUCUGGACAUUUGACAGCUCUGCUGAUGCAGACGAAAUCUGUCAUAACUACUUACCAGUAAAUUCAUCUCAAUUGGCUUCUACAGAAAUGGCAAAGGUAUCUGACUCAAGUUUUACCGGACAUGUAAUUGAUGAUGGAGAAUAUAUCUGGUUUAUAGAGCCCGUUCAUGAUGGCAAACUUUAUGCAUUUAAUCGACAUACCGGCAUGUUGAAAGCGCAUCACACAAUUCGAGAACUUGUCGAUUUAUCUCCCAUUCGAGUUCUUGGACCUGACACGGUUUUUGUUGGGAGCAAAGAAACAACUCUUUUCACUGUUGAUCUAAUAACUGGAAAUGUAUUGAAGCGAUACAAUACUGAAUUUUAUGGAGAUAGAGACUCGCAUCUAGGGAAAAAGACUAGCAGUACUCGGGAUACUAUGCAAUGUAUGCCUGCCGUUACCAACGAUCUGGUACCUUCCGACCUUGAUGAGUUGGAACAUUUACAAGCGCAGGUUAUGACGCAAAAUGUUCAAGAGGAAAAUCGCAUUGCUGAUAUUGCGUUGGUGGAAUACACCGUUACAAUUUAUUCGUCUUCACAUGUCAUAUUAAGUGCCAAAUACAUUGAAUGGUUGCCUUCGUAUCAGGAUACGAUAUUUCUCAGUCAUUAUGAUCGUCCAGAAAGUGAUCACGUUGCCAUCGCUUUACCUGAAAAUUUCUUCACUUUAUUUGACAGGAAACUGAAAAAACCACUGUAUUUUGUUAAUACAAGUGCACCCAUCUCAAAUGCAUUUAAUGUCUAUACUGUUUCAGUCAAUAGGAAAGAACUAGCAGCAACGAAUAGGCGAACGUUUGUUCUCCCUCAAAGGCAUUUGUCUUUUUCGGACUUUGCUUUUCAAGGAGAUAAUGAAGCUGUAUACGUAAAUCACACUGAGGAUGAUGUUUGGUUUGCUCUAUCUUCAGAUAAUUAUCCUUCGAUUAUGGCCACGCAGAAUGCAACUUGUUAUACACAACAUAAUGCGGUGACAUUGGAAAGUCUGACAGGGCUGCAUUUUUUGAACAAGGCCAUUCAAGGAACGUUUCUUUUAGGCCCAUCUCAUUCCUUUGAGCUGUUACCACCGACUACGGAACCAUUAUCUAAAAUUCAUGGAUCGAAUAACUCUACUAACUCUUUUUUCAAAGAACUGCUUGCUAUCAUUUUGUUUAUGACCGGAUUGGUCAUAUGUUUUCUGCUUUUAUCGAGGUCACCCUUUAUUAAAUUGAAAGGACUAAUGAAAACUUCAAAGGAAGCGACGAGAAGCUCGGAAGAUGCCAAAUAUGAUACUAAUGUGUCAAAACGACGCAGGAAAAAAGCAAAUAAAAAGAAAAAGGCAGCAAAAGUUGUUGCUGAGAAUCAGCCUUACAGUUUAGAAUCUGAUGAUCAACCAAAACUUAGUGUUGUACACGACGUGCAGAAAGCGCUUGACAUUAAUCGCCUUGAAUCUUUUGAAAAUGAUGUCAUUUUAGGUCCAUUGGAAGUCUCUUCAGAAAUCUUAGGGUAUGGAAGCCAUGGCACAAUUGUUUUUCGAGGUCAAUACGAGGGACGAUCAGUUGCGGUUAAACGCGUGUUGCUAGAUUUUUAUGAUAUAGCAACCAGGGAAGUCACUCUGUUGCAGAAAGCGGAUUUUCACCCAAAUGUUGUACGCUAUUAUUGCAGGAAAGACAGCGGGAAAUUCUCUUAUAUUGCAUUGGAGCUUUGUGAGUGUUCCUUGUUUGAUUUUUUUGAAAAAGAUCCAAAGCCAACGAUCGUUGAGGCGUUUGAACCCUAUAAUGUUAUGAGACAGAUAGUGCUCGGCGUUUACCAUUUGCACCGCUUAAACUUGGUUCAUCGUGAUUUAAAACCUCAUAAUAUUUUACUUGCUUUGAGUGAAUCUCACAGAGUCGGGUCGAAGAAGGCAAUUCGGGUUAUGCUCUCUGAUUUUGGUUUAAGUCGAAAGCUUGAAACAAAAGAUUACACGUAUCACGCUUUAACUUAUAAUGUUGCGGGUUCUGUCGGAUGGCGGCCACGUGAAGUUUUAAUGAGCAAUACUACUUCAAAUCAUACCAAAAAAGGUGUAGAGGAAACGUAUCAAAGAAGUCCUUUUCGGAUUACCAAAGCCAUUGAUAUUUUCUCCUUGGGCUGUGUUUUUUAUUAUAUACUUUCAAACGGUGAACAUCCAUUUGGUUCUAACUAUGUUCGCGAAAGGAAUAUCAUCAAAGGGCGCUUUUCUUUGGAUCGAUUAAAUGAAAUGGGAGCAAAGGGCUUCUUGGCGAAGGAUCUUCUGAAAACGAUGCUACACUCAUCUCCAGAAAAGCGGCCGUCAAUUGAGCAAGUACUGAUACAUCCAUUUUUUUGGAGUGUUUCUAAGAAACUUGAUUUUCUCAUUGAUGUUUCUGACCGCUACGAGUGUGAGCCUCGUGAGCCACCUUCAGCUCUUUUGCAGCGUUUAGAAUUGCAUACAGAAGAUAUAAUUAAGGGAGAUUGGACUAAAGAACUGCAUGAAUCACUGCUUGAAAACCUUGGUAAAUACCGGAAGUAUGACGGCGGAAAAGUCCUGGAUAUAUUGAGAGUUUUAAGGAACAAGAAACACCACUAUCAGGAUUUGCCGGAAGACGUUAAACAAAUUCUUGGGUCUCUUCCUGAUGGCUUUUACGCCUAUUUUAAUGAAAAAUUUCCGAAACUAUUUGUUCACUGUUAUAGGUUGGUAACAAUUGACCUUAAAAAUGAAGACCACUUUUGUCGAUAUUUUAAGAUUGAUGAUGUACAUAUGUUUUCUUGA